AUGGCGACGGGCUUAGAGACGUUUGUACCAGUACUGUUGUACUUGGACCCGGCCAAGCCGAUGGGUGGGUGGGAUGGCUAUUGCGACGAACAGAGACCGGCAUGUAAAAACUGCAUCAAACAUGGCGUCGCGUGUGGCUUUCUGGCGUCCCCGUCGUUGGAUCCGAUGCUGUCCCUCUCUCAACAUGCCGGCGACCUGAACUUCCUCGAUCUCGAGCUGUUACACCACUAUUGCAACUUCACCGCCCAUACUCUUUCCGAGAACCCUCUAUUGCGCGAGUUUUGGCGCAUCAAUGUUGUCAAGCUGGGUCUUGAAUGCGACUACGUCAUGCGCAGUAUCCUCUCCCUAUCGGCUCUUCAUAUUGCGCAUUUGAACCCGGAAAGGAAAGAUGGCUUGCUAGAGAAGUCCAUGGCCCAUCACGAAAUGUCGUCGCGGACGGCCGUCAGCUUGAUGCAAAACGUACAAGACGAGAACAAGGCACCACUGUUUAUCUUUUCAGUCUUGACCAUCUACAUCGUGCUGGCAAACUCCCGGUAUCUGAACGAGGCGCCCUUGGCCAGCGCAGAGCAAUCUCCCGACUGGAUCGUAUUGUUCUGCGGGACGAGGUAUCUGGUCGGAGAGCCGAAUACAAAUCCCCUGAUUUCCCCAAUCAUUAGCCGAACAGUAGCGCACUUCCAGUUCCGAGAAGCUCCAUGCCAUCACACCCAUUUGGGCGAUCUGGAAGCCAACAUCAAUGCGUCGGAGAGCGACGACGGCCUUCUGGCCAUAUACAACCACGCCAUCAACGAGCUCUACAAAUCAUACGGCGUCUUCUACGAAAGCUCGGAACCACAAGACAUCAUUGACGUCUUCAUCUGGAUCGCCAUGGUUGCCGAUGACUUUCUCCCCCUCCUGCGGGAGUCAAGGCAGAAGGCCUUGGUCAUUUUCCUAUAUUUCUGCAUGCUUCUCCGGCAGCUACGCAGUCAAUGGUGGCUAGAUGUUUGGGCCAGCAAUCUUUAUGCCAAGACGUAUGAGCUGCUGGACGAGGAACAUAGGUCUUGGAUCAGGGAUCCAACAAUCCAAAACCCCGAUAUUUGCCUGUGA